AUGCCUCGUUUGGAUCAGCUGGAGAAGGAGAACUCAGGUCACACCAAUGCAUACCAACAGGGUCAAGGUCAGAGGCUGCAGCUCGUCGAGGAAUUGAAGCAGACGCAUUCGGGCCUGUGCCCAAUCCUUGCUCGGACUGUGCUCAACGGCGUUGCCUACCACCAUGCAGGUCUCACAACAGACGAGCGCGGCCUGCUGGAGGCAGCUUACCGGAAAGGAGUCCUGCGCUGUCUUUGUGCCACGUCAACUCUGGCUGCAGGAGUGAACCUUCCAGCUCGGCGUGUCAUCAUUCGUUCCAUGAAGGUUGGACGAGAUCCUCUGGAUGCUGUCCGUUUCAGACAAAUGGCAGGGCGCGCAGGACGCGUGGGCUUCGAUACAGAGGGAGAGUGCAUUGUGAUGGCGAGAACACUGAAAGAAGCCGACGAGGCUCGCGCUCUCUUUGCUGCCCAGCUGCAGCCGCUCCGGUCAGCCCUGGGGAAGGAGCGAUUAGUCAGGGCAGUGCUGGAGGUCAUCAGCCUGGGACUCGUCCGCACGGUGGAAGAGCUCGAAGUACGCUUUGCCAGGAAGCUGUUCCGCUGUUGCGAAGAGUGGUCGUCAACAUGCAGCAGUCCGGCUGUGAUGGCUGUUCCGGCAAGUUUGCUGCAAGACCUACGUUCGGCACUCUGUUCAUUGAAGGCGCAGCAGCUUGUCGAAGUGGACGACCCUCAUGGCUAUCCGAGCAUCGCCAGCUCCGAGCCUGAAAGCCAAGGCACGGAGGUGUAUUCGCCACAGGCCACAAUUCGGUCAACUCCUCUCGGCAAUGGCAUCGUCCAUUCCGCCCUCAAGCCCGAGGAGGCAUUAAGUGUGUUCUCUGAUCUUCAGAGAGCCCGGAAGUGUCUCUGUCUGGACAACGACCUGCAUUUGAUCUUCCUGGCCACACCGGCAGCAUCCGUCACCAUCGAACCGGACUGGGCAAGAUACCUGAGCUAUUACGAGCGACUCCAGUCCAGAGAUCGUGCUGUUUCUGAUGCCGUCGGAGUCUCACAUCACUUUCUGUUGAAGCAGUCCAUGGGGCACCGCGGGCCGCUCCCUGGAAGCAGCGGCGACUGGCGCCAGGACCGCGAGCGCGUCACGGCCUUGCAUCGGCGCUUUUGGGCGGCUCUUGCCUUGCGAGAACUUGCUGCUGAGAAUCCGCCUGCUCGAGUUGCCUGUGCCUUUGCAGCUUCAAGGGGCUCACUGCAGGCGUUGCAGGGAAUAGCAGCCACCUACUGCGGAAUGGUACGCCAGUUGUGCGAAAGGGUGCACUGGAACGACAUGGCAGCACUGUUCGACUGCCUGAUGCCACGCCUAAACUUCGGUGCUGCGACGGAGGCGCUGCCUUUGUGCCGAAUCCCCGGAGUCCGAGACUGA